AUGCCGUCUUUGACCGACCUCGAGAAUUUCAUCGAGGACAAUCUACCUCGCAACUUGCAAGAGCUGCCGCACAAGGUCUCCGUUUCUGUGCAAGAGUACUAUCAAAUCCUCUACGAACAGCUCAACAAGUAUGGCCCUCCCAUCCCGGAUCUUCCCUCACUCCCCUCCUUGGACAGCUUCACCGGCAAAGUCACCGAGCUCGUAUCGCCCGUUCCCGCACCUCCACUCGUGCCACCGCCUCCGCCUCCUACCAACCUGCAGCUGGUUCAAGCCUGGGCGCGAACCCAUCGCACGGCCCUCGGCCUCGCCGGCGGUCUUCUCGUCGUCGGUUUGGGCACUAGCUAUGCAUACCAGGGCGGCUACAUUGCACUCCCUUACCUAGGCAAGAAGCAAGUAGUCGGUCGAGGACGUACACGUCAAGUUCGCCUAAAGAACGGUGUUCGAAGAGAAGCCGUCAUCGUGUUGGGAGCCGACACCCCGCUCGGUCGCUCACUCGCCCUGCACUUCUCUAGUCUAGGCUUCGUGGUGCUUGCUUCCGUCUCCUCUUCGGCAGCCCUGGCUCAGUUCGAGAACUUGAUUCCACCAAGCUCUCGUGGUUACGUCAAAGCGCUCAUCUUUGAUGCCGACGAUCCUUCCGGCUCGUUGCAGCCCUUCGUCAGAGCUCUCUCCUCCGCCCUCAGCCUGCGUUACCCGCUCACCAGUGCUGGCGAUCCCUACGCUCGGCCAGGCGAGAACAUCAACAUCGCUGGCGUGGUGAACGCGCUCAGCUUUGUUGCGCCCGAAGACGAUCCUAGCCUUUCGCGCAGUCUGUCUACCUCGGCUUCAGCUUCGCUGCUCGGUACACCCAUCACCAAACUCGCGCCCUCUCCUUCUUCUGAGUUGCUCGACCGCCAUGUUGUGGCUAGCUUGUGUGUUCUUGGUGCACUGAUCCCGAUGCUGAAGGCCUUGCCAAAUCGUGCCGACCAUACGGCCGAGUCGGACCCGGCUACGAUCGUGACACUCGUCUCAAGCCCAGCUUCGCGCACUGCUCUGCCCCGUCAAGCGAUGUGCUCGAUUAUCGCUCAGAGCGCUGCGGCCGGUGUGCAAUCACUACGACGUGAAUGCGAGGAAGACUCGUUCCACUCCAAAACCGCAAGUAAUAGCAAACUGCCUUCUGCUAUGAGUAGCUACUCGGGCAGCAGCUCGACAUCUCGAAAGGCAUCAAACUCUCGCGCCAACCUCAAGCAGAGAGAUGUUCGUGUCACGAUGGUCGAGGUGAAUUCGGGAUCGGUUCUCGGAGAUCCCACCAUGGCUGCAAGCGCCCACUCCAACGAAGCCACGACCAGCUCGCCAAGCGCAAAUACCUCACUCAAGUCGCCGUCGCGCCCCAGUUUUGGCCGGUCACCAUCGUCGUUGGUGGGUUCCUUAUGGCAUCACAAAUCCCCCUCUUCAGCUCCUGUAUUGAACAAGGUGGCCAACCUCAUGCUUAGCACCAAGCGGAGACUGCGUCCCAGCUACACUGUCGGAACACACAGCUUCUCUGCUUACUGGCUCACUGUCAGUCAAGUACUGCUCGCCAUUGUGCCCACAGGCAUCGUCGAUUUUGCGCUUGCCUUGAGCAGGCAACUCGCCCUGCGUAGGGCUGGUCUCGUCGGCAGGGCUGAACACGCUUUCCUUCCGUGGAAUUGGAGCAAGACCUCUGGCGGUCGAGGUGACUCUGCAAAGUCACAACCCGGCGCAGCCAAGCGGCCCAUCGCUGGCCCGGGCCCUGGUCCGGCAUCCGCUGCUCACUCUCGUGCUUCGCUUUCCAAGAAGCCCAGCCCGCUGAUCUACGAGAUCCGAGAUUCGGACGCGCAAAGCCUGCCCGAAAGUGAGCGCUCAUCUGGAGUCGGCUCUGGCAUCCCCAGCAGCGUGCCUUCCUCGGCAUACGGCGAUAAUGAUGCCGAUGCAGACGCGUACGCCGAGGAAGAAAGCGGUGUCUCUAACACGCACAGUCCUUACUUUGGAUCGUCGCGACCCAUGCAAUCGUCGCAGGCGGACCUGUCGGCGUCCAACGCUGGCCUCAGCGACGUGCGCUCCACCACGUCCAUGCCCACCAAUUUUGACCGUGAACCCUGGACAGGCGCGCCCAGCAGCAGUGGCGCAAGCAGCCGUGCUCCCUACCCGCCAGCCAUACACCAUCACUCUGCCAACGCUUCUGAGAAUGAAGAUCGGGAUCAUGGUCCAGAUUCUCCGCUGGGCACUAGCUGGAUCGCUUUGGGUGAGAGCCAGCAUUCGAGCACGUCGAAAUAG